CAAAGCUUUCCAACGUUCAAUAUGGACACUCAAUCAAUCCCGCAAACCGGCGACGCCUCAAAACCUACCAGAUCCGCCGCCGAAAUGAAGGAGCUCAUCUAUCCGAACAAACCUAUUCCUUACACCAUCGACGCCGGGCACCUCCUCCUCAGCGACGCCAACCCACUUCCCUCCCUUUCCCCCUCGUCCAUCGAACCCACCCUUCAAUCCGCCGCGCGCGACUGUGCCCAAUCAUUGAUCGGCCACCUCCUCCAAAACUGCCCGAUCGUCCGCGACGAUACAGGCGUCUCGCUCACGCUGCCGACCCCCCAGUAUCAAUUACCGCGCGAGAAGCCUAUCCCCAAGGAGAAGGAGAAGACGAAGUGGGAGGCGUUCGCGGAGCGGAAGGGCAUCCAGAAGCGACGGAAGGACGAGCGCUCGAAGAUGGUGUGGGACGAGGUGAGCCACGACUGGGUCAAGCGGUACGGGUUCGGAGGGAAGGCGAUGCGCGAGAAGCAGCUGCAAUGGGUGGUGGAAGUGGAUGAGAAGGAGGAGCGGAGGAAGGUGGCGGAGGAGGAGGCGGAGAAGCGGAAGCCGAGGGGGUCGGGGCCGACGAGACCGGGGAAGGCAGAGCGGAGUGGGCAGGUGUUCAAGAGGAAGAAUGGGAAGAAGGGGUGAAAGGUGGCGUACGGCCAUGAAUAAACAUCUGCGGGUUCAGGCCUCGAAAGAGAAUGUCGGGAGGAAUACCGGACAGCUAUGACGUGAGGAAGGUUGGUAGGCACAGCGGCAGUUUAACCCAGGAUACGUUGCAGAGCGCAAGGCUUGUGGCAUAUCGUGGUGCCCCGUCCAAGGUCGUCCCGAAAAGCUACGAUCGGAUAGUCCUUCGCGUUCUCCUGGCUGGAAGGGGAAUGGCAUGUAUGUCGACGGACGAUAAAACGUCAAAUCCAAAAUGAGAUCGAUAUCCAGCUACGCUUGCAUUCAAAUUCACCACAAGUCUAGCUACCCGUUUCCAUAUCGUACAGAAUGACUCCACCAAAUGCCCGUCCCGCGUGAAAUCUCAUUUUUGGAAGCCUGUCCCAUGCUAGAUAAUA